AUGGAGAAGACGGAAGCAGAGAAGAAACCGGCGGUUUCUGAUGUCGGCGCUUGGGCCAUGAACAUCAUCAGCUCCGUAGGCAUAAUCAUGGCCAACAAAGAGCUCAUGUCCUCCUCUGGCUUCGGCUUCAGCUUUGCCACAACUCUGACGGGUUUCCACUUCGCCGUCACUGCACUGGUGGGUCUAGCGUCGAACGCCACUGGCUUGUCGGCGUCAAAGCAUGUUCCUCUUUGGGAGCUUCUCUGGUUCUCAAUCGUCGCUAACAUCUCCAUCGCCGCCAUGAACUUCAGCCUCAUGCUUAACUCUGUCGGCUUCUACCAG